AUGUCGUUUUCAAAAAUAGUAUUGACGAUUAUAGCGUCGCUGGUUUUAUUCAAAUUCAUCUUAUCAGAAAAAGGCCAGCACUUUUAUUAUCGAUAUUUAACUUGCAAUGUUUCAGAUGAGUUUGUGUAUCCAAAUUAUACUUGCUAUGCGAAAUCAUUUAAUCGAUCAUUUUCUGCUGAAAGUGUGUCUCUUACAUUGAGGAAACCACUUUACCAAGUUUUCAUUGAUUGUAAAAUGAUGUAUAAAUAUGGAACUAUUUAUCGAGAAAUCAUGCGUUUUGAUAAUAUUGACUUUUGUAAAAUCAUGGAGGAAGGAUCAAAAAACAAAUUGGUUCAGGCACAUUAUGGAUUAUUCAAUGAAUCUGUUCCUGGAGUGCUUCAUAAAUGUCCAUAUACUUCUAUUGACAUUUCAAAUCAAGCUAUCGAUGCAAAUAAAGUCCCUUCAAUAUUUCCGAGUGGCGAAUAUAAAAACAUAUUCGGUUAUGAUACUAAAGACAGAAAAAUGAUUGUGGAAUCAACUUCAGUACUUACAAUUACUUCAUCCAUAAAAGAUUCAUUUGGAAAAUAG